AUGUUUUUGAAAUUUUUUUCAAACAAAAGUAGUAGUAGUAGUAGUAGUAGUAGUAGUAGUAGUAGUAGUAGUAGUAGUAGUAGUAGUAGUAGUAGUAGUAGUAGUAGUAGUAGUAGUAGUAGUAGUAGUAGUAGUAGUAGUAGUAGUAGUAGUAGUAGUAGUAGUAGUAGUAGUAGUAGUAGUAGUAGUAAGUAG